AAUUUAUCCGUUUUUGUUUAUUUUUUUGCCAAGGGUUUUGGUUAGACUGCGUUAAGAUGUCGGGUCGCGGAAAACAAGGUGGCAAGGCUCGUGCCAAGGCUAAGACCCGUUCCUCGAGGGCUGGUCUUCAGUUUCCUGUGGGCCGUGUGCACCGCCUGCUCCGCAAGGGCAACUACUCUGAGCGAGUGGGGGCCGGUGCGCCGGUGUACUUAGCCGCGGUGCUGGAGUAUUUGACCGCCGAAAUCUUGGAGUUAGCGGGCAACGCGGCCCGUGACAACAAGAAGACGCGCAUCAUUCCGCGCCACCUCCAGCUGGCUAUUCGCAACGAUGAGGAGCUGAACAAACUGCUGGGGAAAGUGACCAUCGCGCAGGGUGGCGUUCUCCCCAACAUCCAGGCUGUACUGUUGCCCAAAAAGACCGAAAGUCACCACAAGGCCAAGGGCAAGUAAAACGGAGUGUUAAACGGCUAGAUCUCUCAGGAGUCAAUUUUAACUAAAGGCUCUUUUUAGAGCCACCCACAUCUUCAGUAAAAGGGCUUACACUUCCUUAUUUAAGGAGCUGGUUGAAAAUGAUCUUUAGUGUCAUUUGUCAACCUAAAAAGUAAAUAUCAGUACUUGAAAACUGUUCAGAAAGGCGAAACUAUCCGUCAAAUUUUAAAGUUGUCCUAAAAAGUUUUCAUGAAAGUAAAAAGGAUAGAGACUUUGUGUCAGAGGUAGUUCAAUUCAAUCAAGGUAGCGGACUUUCAGGACCAACCGUGAGGAAAAGAUCAUAGAAAAAAUAAUGCUCGUCAAUGUCAAAUUUAGAUGCAAAUCUGCUUGGUAACCUAUAGAACAAUAAAAUCGCACCUUUUGUGCU